UGCCAGGCUGCCAUCGAGCGCUCGUACCGCGUGGCCAAGGCGCUGGCCGACGACGUCGACUUCUGCUGCUUCCAGUUCACAGAUUUUGGGAAGGGGCUGAUCAAGAAAUGCCGCACGAGCCCCGACGCCUUCAUCCAGAUCUCCCUGCAGCUGGCACACUUCCGCGACAAGGGCUGCUUCUGCCUGACGUAUGAGGCGUCCAUGACACGGCUGUUCCGCGAGGGACGCACCGAGACCGUGCGCUCCUGCACUGCCGAG